UUCCAAUAUUUAUUUAGCUAACCCUCUACAACAAACAAACCUAGAUUUAUCUUCAUAAUACAUGAAUUUACAAUAUGACAUCUGGAGCACCUGUUGAGAAAGCUAAAAAUAUUAUGAAAAUAUUUAUAAAAAAAACGUCGUAUCAAAUUCAGAGCUCCUUGUUCAUGAGGAUUGGAAAAAGUUAAAGUUUAAUUUCACACGGAAAUGUCAUGAAUUUAAUAUCACCUUCUUGGUCACACUUACCAAGCAACCAGUUACGAAGCGACAUAAUAAUAUGUCGUUAAUUAUAAACGAUCUUAAGUAUCGUAAUUACCGCUGUAAUUAAUUACUUCCUAUGAACCAUCAGGGAACAGCAAUAUCAAUUACCAUCGCCAUUGAUAUUAUGUGUCUUAAUUACUGCUUAAGUAAGGGGUUCUGUAUUAAAAUAGUUCGUCAGUGCCAGAUUGAAAUGGUUUAGAUUAAUGUGCUUUUUUUUGGAAAAACAACAACUGCCUCAAGCUCAUAUGAAUAUAAAGAAUUUUAUGAGUUUUCAGUUUGCUUACAGCGAAGAAAAAUCUAGUAAAGAAUGAAGAAGAAUCCUUUUCUAUAUGAUACGAGUGCAGUCGAGAGUCAUGUGAUGAUCUACACUGGUGUAAAGGAACUCUUAUCUGAACAGUUCCUUAUCGACUGCAGCCCCUUUAAAAAUGGUUGCGGAGACGCUUCUCUGUUGAAAUCAUAUUCACAUAUAGUAACCCAGUUGGGCGGGAUACUCCGCGACAAUGACUACUAUCCAUACGAGAACGGCCAAAACAACUGCAGAUGGUCAAGACCUGAGUAUCACUUUGUAAAUGUUCUACCCGUUCCGGUGAUUGGCUUCCGAAGGGUGAACUCUGAUGAAGACUUGAUGGCAGAGUGGCUGUAUAGAUAUGGACCGCUAACUGCAGGGAUAAACUCCGCAUCAAUGGCUAGAUACAAGGGAGGUAUUGAUGAACCACAAGAGGAAUACUGUGACCCCGAGACACCGAAUCAUUCUGUCUUGAUCGUGGGUUACAACGAAUAUGUGCCACAAAACCCAAAGGAGCCUCGAGUCAAGUACUGGAUAAUAAAGAACUCGUGGGGCAAAGAGUUCGGAGACAAAGGCUAUUACUACCUGGUGCGCGGGCGCAACGCGUGCGGCAUCGCCAACGAUGUGUCUUUGCCUUUUGUGCAAUAAAAAACAUACCUAAUGGUAUUGGGAACCUCUAUUGAAAUA